AUGCAGCUCAAGAAUAUAUUUCGCCGUAACUACACUGACUCAAACUGGAGGAAGCCUCUCCCUUUUAUAGCCGAUCCGAUUGCCUCAGAGGAAGACCUUCAGGAGAAAAGACACCAUGGUUCCCAUGAUGACACUCAUCCUAAUGCACCUCGUGCCGAAGAGCAGCACCCAACUGCCAACGAUGGUCCCGUCCUUAAAAAGAACCAUGAAGCGACCACAAUGGAGCUAUUUUACGAUCUCUUCUUCGUAGCAACACUCGCUAUCUUCCAUGCUACUCACGAAAUCAACACUUCUGCAAGUGUCAAAUCAUAUAUUGCGUUCAUUACCAUCCUAUGGUUUUGCUGGUUACAAGCUGCCUUGUUUGACAUCAGAUUCUACACCGACUCUAUUGUUUCCCGAACCUUCAAGGCUCUCCACCUAGGUAUCAUGACAGGACUUGCAGUUCUAUCCGUCAACUUCAGCGUCACUAAUAUCCUGGAACACCGUGGACGGUUCGCUAGCAUGUGCUAUCUUCUCACGGUAUCUCGAUUUAUCCUAGUCGGCCAAUACAUGACAGUGGCUUGGUACCUCAGAGGCCACAAACAGACAUUUACUGCUAAAGUCUUGGUGAUUGCUACCCUCUUUGCCUCAGCAUUGGUAUUCCUCGGCCUAGGCCUGAGCGCAUACCACAUCCAAACACCAAGGGCACACAUUGCCUGGUAUGUUGUUAUUGCCUGCGAGGCCACCUUCAUGAUUGCCAUAUCCAGCUUUUGGAAGGUCUUAUCCUUUAAAGGAACGCCGAUUGUCGAGAGAUUCGGGUGUCUUACGUUGAUUGUCCUUGGGGAGGGUAUCGUUGGAAUGACCAAAGCUAUCAAAAGCAUUGCGCUCGGCACGUCCACCAUAUCGGGGACAUCUGUUUCCCUGGUCAUCUGCCAUGUCCUUAUCAUAUACUUUGUCUAUAUGCUAUACUUUGACCAAAUCAACGUGAAACGCUUUGGAUCUAUCCGCCAGCAGAUCUGGGCACUUUUCCAUUACCCCCUGCAUGUCGCUAUCCUGGUCACUAGUGAAGGAAGUCGUUCGUUCGUACUGUACGAUGUGGCCAAGCGGCUCUACGAGAAUGCUCUCCUUGGGCCUCUGAGCAAGGUUGAUAGAGUUGAAACUCCCGCUGACUUAGUUCAAGGGCUCCAGGAGAUUAUUACCGAUAUCUCCAGUCAACUAAAAUCAACUGAUGGACGGCCAGACUUCACCUCCGUUUACAAACAGCUGUUGGCCAUCAAGGAGUUCUCUAUAACCUCGCAGGAAGUUCGCGAGCUCGUGGCAGAGUUUCUGGCAGAAACCCUUAUCUGGAUUAUGCAUACUUUCGGUAUUGAAGUUCAGGAAGAAACAGAAGGGAAAGUAGGAAAGGCCGGAAAGGAAGGAGGCAAAGCGGCUAUUCACGAACUCACCCAGAUAUAUGGCGCUGCCACCAUUAUCUUCCGCUUCUUCUUCAUUGCAGCUGGGCUCACGCUUGUUAUCCUUGCUCUUCUACACUGGUUCUCUAAGUCCCAUAAGAGUCGUGCCGAGAUGCUGAGUAUUAUCACGACUACCACUAUUGGCGUGUUCCUAUCAUUGUUGGCCGUAAUGUCCAACUUUGACAAUGACGUUGUGGAAGAGUCAACUCUUGGGAGAUAUAUUGAUAGUGCCUGGGUUACUCCAACUGUUACUCUCACUUAUCUUGGAGUGAUUGCAAUUGAUAAUGUCAUUAUCUGGGUGUCUCAUAUACGUAGACACAAAAGUGAAUCUAGAAUACAGUAUGAACCUGUUUCUUAA